AUGACAUAUCCGGAUUCGAGAAUUAAAGAUUUCUUAGUAGAACGUGAAAUUCGUAGAAUUCAAAAUCAAGCACAAAUAUUUAAAAAUUUAACGAUAUCAACUAUUGAUCGAAGUAAAUCUUUGUCUAAAUCUUACGAACUUUUACUUAAGGGAUUUGAAAAAAAUAAACUUUCAUUGCGUGGUUUGACAACUUUUCAUCAAAAUUCCAAUUCCAUCAAUUCACUUUUAAAUUCAGAAUUAACUAUUACAAAAAUGUUUCAAGAAUGUGAAAGAAUUCGUACGGCUUAUUAUGAUAUAUCUAAAAAUUUAGCAAAUAUUUCGGAUAAUUUAGAAGAACGAGUACGUGAGUUUAAGAUUCAGAAAUUCGAUCUUGACCGGGAAGCUUUAAAUCUGCAAUCUGAAGCAAAAUAUGCACAGGUUGAAUGUGUAGUCUUAGGUGGCUCUUUUGGAGUAUUUGUUGGUAUUAUUGCAGGAAUCGGUGUAGGCACUUAUACACUUCCAUUUGACGGUGGAGUGGUGUUUUUGUCAACUAUUAUUGCAAGUAUGGGGGCAGGUUCUUUGUUCGGUCAAGUAUUAGAAGAAAAGAUUCAUAAAUCUGCUCGACAUAAAAUUGCAAAAGCUGGUAAAAUUUACGAAAAAGUAGAUUAUGUUAAUAAGGUCAUUGAAGAUGUUGAAUCAUUUAAAUGUGGUGUUCAGAAAUUCGAAAGGUUUUGGAUUGGACAUGUUGAGCAUUUUACGAAUGUACAAAAAAUAAUUGAGAGUUCCUCCAAAGGUAAUAUUGACAUGAAACCUAUCAAUGUUCAGACCAUUCUUAAUGAUUGGAAUAAGGCAAAGAAUUCUUUAUAUAAUUAUGGAAUCAAUGUGGAAAGUUUCGAAUUUGAUAUUUGA